UGGCCAAAUCGCGCGCGAAAAAAUGGCGCCAAGCACUAGUGGAACUUGGUAGAAAAGACAAAGGCGAUGAACGGUCUGCACAUCCCCGGGACACCGCUGGUGGUGGACUACUGGAGACAGAAGAACGUACCACCGCGGGCGCUGUUCUUUCUAUCUCACCUACACGCAGACCACACGUGCGGGACUAACGUCAAACUGGCCCUACCACAUUCACUGCACUCCACUGACGGCACCUGUGAUUUCUUCCCCUCGCAGGUGGAACUGGAGAUAGGAGAGUCGCGGCUGCUCCAUGUGGUCGGACCCACUGAGAAAGUCAGUGUGAGUGUGACUGUGCUCGACGCCAACCACUGCCCGGGAUCGGCCAUGUUUCUCUUCGAGGGCUACUUUGGGAGAAUCCUCUACACUGGAGAUUUCAGAUAUUCUCCCACCAUGUCGGCCCUAUCUCAACUGAUUCAGUCCAGACCAGUGGAUCUUCUCUAUCUUGACAACACCUAUUGUCACAAGUCUUGCACCUUCCCUCCUCGAGAGACGGUUACCGAGGAGAUUAUCAAUCUGAUUCGUGGCAACAAAGACGGGAUGACGAUUCUGGGGCUUCACACCUUGGGCAAGGAGGACCUCCUGGUUGCCAUAGCGAAGAGUCUCGGGGUGUGGGUGGGUGUGGCUCCGGGGAGGUACGAGACACUGCGUCUGAUUGAGGCCGAGAAUGUGUUUACGACGACGUCGACAGCUGCUUGUGAGGGUUCUUCCCUUUCAUAUUGCCCUGAGGAGUGGGAUGCUGCAUGCAAGUACUUUGCAUUUCUCAAUGAAAAGAGAGAUUUUUCGCGCAGGCUGACAGUAACUCCUGAGGACGAGGAUUCAGUACUUGUCGUUCUUCCGACUUGCAUCUUCUCUGGUGACAGUGCCCCGCCCACCCCAACCCACCCCAGCAUCAAGGUGGUGCCCUACUCCGACCAUUCUUCGUUCAAAGAGCUGGUGGAAUUUGUGGGUGUGGUCAAGCCAAGAUGUAUUCGUCCCAUAGUUCGCAGUUUCUCUGGAAAUAAGUCGGAGAUCCUAUCUUCGCGAUGUGAUAUGUCUGUAUUUGACCAUCUUCUGGAUCCUACACCUCUGACUAGCUAUGAGGUUCCUGCACUAAUUUCGCAGCUGUUUGCUGUGGGUUGCCAGGACAAUAGGCCACGCCCCUCCUCAUCAGUGCCGAGUGUCAGGAGAUCUUUAGAGGAGAGGAGUCACGGUCGCCGUCGGAAACGAGCGAGUGGAGUGAACUUCCUCUCACCCAGGAAGGAGUCACAUGAUCAUCAUGUGACAGAGGUGGAGGCAGCAAAGGGAAAUGGAUCUCUUGCAACUGAAGAUGGAAAUGGAUCACAUGAUCCUCGUGUGACCCAAGAUGGAAAUGGAAUAUCACAUGACCGUCAUGUGACAGUGAGUAUGAGAAAGUCAGAGGAUAAUGUCGAGCACAUGAUCAACACUACAGCCCAAGAUUUGCCAAGUGAAACUGAACGAACAUUGCCAGUGAAAACGAGGGAGAGAAUGCAGUGAACGGCAACGAUAUUUCAACCAAAGGCAGUUCUGAUCAAAACACUCCUCGGACGCCAAAAUCUGUAAUUCUGGCAGGUCACAGACGCAUUCUGUUGGAGCAGAGACUCAGUUCCGUACCAAAACCUGACCUUACCCCAGUAGAGAGAGAGUUUUCCCCCCCUGCGGCGCUUUCCCUCCGUACGAAGUGAGAUUUUUUACGGAACGGGAAAUUCGGGGCGUUCUAGGACCCACAAACGACGAUGUGAUUCUGAGAAAGAGGGGGUGGUUGUGCCAUUGGAUAUUGGGGGGCGUGGCAGUAAGGGCAAGAGGGAAAUCCCCUCGACGUUGACUCGACCGGUGUGGGUGACGGGAUUGGAGAGAGGAUGGGGUGUGGAUUUGGGCGAGAGGGGAGGAGGGGGAGAAGGGAAAGGGGUAAGGAAUGAGGGAGGAAGAGAGUGAAGUGGAGAGGAGAGACAGAACGAGUAAGGGGUCUUUAGACGAAGCACAGAAAAGGCCAGUUGUGAGAGGUGAAACUUUGCCUGUAGAAUGCCACCAGGUUACGCUUGAAAAGUGCCUUGCACAUCCGUUAACCUCGACAAAUGAGCUUGCUGUCUCCAUUCCUUUUCUUCCCGACCUCCCACCGUUAUUAGACCAUUCUACAAAGUCAUGUGACGGUCAUGUGACAUCGACACUCCCCAACCCAAGUGUACAUGAAGACAGAGAUGGAAUCGUUUUCGACUACAUCGAUAGAUUGCUGUUCAAACUGUUCCCAUAAGGCCAACAAACACUGCGUUUUUAUCACAUAACUUUGCACUUUCGUGAUUAAUAUAUAGAACCAUGCCAAGAAUGUAAAUUAAUGCUUUAUUUAGCCAACUUAUUCACGUCAUUUACAAUUUCGUUACUGAGACAGUUCUCUGUGGAAAGUGUGCAUAAUUCGACUGUAACUCUUUAGCCUUGCUCAUGCUUGAUGGCACUGUAAAGUGUGUACCUUACAGUGCAUUGAGCCCUGGGCCAUAAGAGGCGGUCAUC